AUGACGAGCAAUAUUCCUGCUAGUCUCAAGUCUGCGGACAUUGGGCGUUUCGCGGUGAGAGCGGCCCAAAUUGAGCGGGUGAAGCCCGUCGUUGCCUACUGGUGUAACUACUGGAUAGCCAACCAAAUAAUCGAGAGAGGAUUACACAAAUCGGACCAUGAAGUCGAACAAUACGCGAUGGAUCUGAUGGAGAAGCUGGAACGAUUCAGAAAUGAGAACUCGGAUAAUGAUACAGUGAUCGAUGCAGUCGCGGCGAAUGCCUACGUGGAGCAGUUCGGCUUGGAGGUCUUUAACCGGGCGGAUACGACUAUGAAGGCCAACAAAGUGACCAAGCAAACGGCAGACACGUUCCAGGCUGCCGCUACGUUUCUUGAAUUAUGUCAAAUUUGGAAUCCCCUCGAACCCGAAAUUGCUGCGAAAAUCAAGUUUGCCAAGUAUCAUGCGCUGAGAAUUGUGAAGGCGAUCAAGGCCGGAGAGGAUCCUAACGCAACAAACCCGGUCACCAAGGAAGGCGACCAGGCAGAAGGGCUGACAGUAACCGAGGAUGAUCUUGAGGCACAGGCUGCCGCAGAUCUUGCCUCGCAGGGGCAGCAACCAACUGUGGAGGAGGUCCCUGAUGAAUCUGAGCGUGCCGAAAGAGCUAUGGCACAGCAGUCAUCAAUGGACGAAUCGUUGCACCCGUCGAGAUCUUCAUCAGCUACUCGGCCGCAGCGUACAGGGGAUGCGUUUACCAUACCCGAUGUUCCAACAAGCGCUCCACGGACACAGACUCCAGAAACAGGUCCUGCUGCGGAGCAAGGCUCGACCUUAGAUCUUCCUUCAGCCCCAGCGACUAUUGGCCCUUCUUCGUCAAUCCCGAAUCUCCCAGACACACCUGCGAGCCUGGGCGCUCAUCACCCCGGUGAUCCCAACUCGUUCCAUUCCUUCCCUCCUCCUUCCAACCUUCCUUCAAGUCCUCCAGCUACAUUCAACCAACCCAGCUAUUUCUAUAAUCAACCCAAUCCAAGCGCGUGGGCUCCUUCACCACCUGUACAACCCCAUACAGCACCGGUACCAGUAGUCUCGCGCCCGGUUCAGCAACCAGCACCAGCGGCUGUACCCACAGUCUCGGCCUCAAGUCAAAGCAAUUCACAGGGGAUCGAUGACCAAGCCAUUGCUCUAGCCCAAAAGCAUGCCCGUUGGGCUGUGUCCGCACUGACAUUUGAUGACGUUGAUACGGCGAUCAAAGAACUUAGAAACUCUCUGAAAUAUCUGGGGGCAGAGUAA